AUGUCAGAAGCGGUGGUUCUGAAGAUUAUGGCUGGGUUUUAUAGUGUGAUCUAUGUUUCGCUGAUCUACUCUGGAUCAAGGAAUGCCACAGGAACAGUGAUGGAAGUGGUCAAUGACGCUAGAGGAACUCCAAAAGGCGAGUGUGAUCCUGAUAGUACCUUGAUUCGCAGGUAUCACUCCUGUACUGGACGUAAAGAGAAGCUUCGGACAAUUGAAGGGUAUACCAAGGAUGCCUUUCUGAUCAUUUCUUGUACCAAUGCCCUUGGUCUGGGUCAGGAUUGGCCUACAGUCAUGAAAGUCAUUGUCAUGGGACGUAUGGGCCUUCCCGAACUUGCUCAACUUUUUGGUCGAAUCGGUGUGAUCCCUUUUAAAAAAAAUGACCCACAAGUUCUUGCUGAACAAGCACGCGAAAAAGCUGCAGAGUUUCAAGAUUGCAAGUGCUCUAAUUGUGACUCAGAAGCUUCUGAUAUGCUAGUUCAUAACAUGCCCAGAUUGACCAAGUCAAAUUAUUGUCAGGCAAUGGAAGAUGUUUUUAGUGUGGAUGGCUUCUUAGAUCCUAACACAGAAAAACUUGAAGAGAACAUUGUGGAUAGUAGCGUGAAAACAAAGGCUACUAAAAAGAGAAGUAAUAUUUUAGACAGUCGAUUGGAGGAGCUCACAGAUGAACUAGUAUUCGAAGACGAUUUAUUUCACAAAUACAUAUACGGAGAUGACGAUUACUGUUUCAGCUCAGACUAUUUUGGACUCGAUCGCGCCACAGAUAUAGUUCAAUCUCUUGAUGAAAUUACCUGUGAGGAAGAUAUCAAAGCUGCAAUGGGUGGUGAUAUCAUAAAAGGAGGAGUAAAGGCAGUGUUUGAGUACAUCAAACAAUGGAAAUGUCGAGAUGAGGUGAUUGAUUAUCGAAGAAGACAGGCUGAGGUGAUCGAGAAAAAAAAGGAAGCCGCGGAGACUCGUGCACAGAAAGCGAUCGAUUUGAAGUUGAAGGCACCCAUCCAUCCGGAACUUGCUCGUACGCCAGCACCGAUUAAACCUAAGACAAAGAAGAGGUCUUCUGAAAAGGUCAAGGCGGAUAAAGAAGCAUCUGCACUCAGAGCCGCGUACCACAAGCGAUGCUUGCAUUGGAUGACCGUUGAAAUGGUGCCAGUAACCGAACUAGAUGCAAAGGAAUUAGCUUACCAAAGUUUGAUGAAAGGGGCCAGUGGAAACGUUCCAGGCGACAUUUGA